AUGAGUUUGACCGCGAUUGGAGGGUUCCCCAAGGGUACCAAGAUUGUGCUGAGCAAUGGGGAGUCGCGUGCAGUCGAAGACAUCAAGGUCGGAGACGAAGUGAUGAAUGUGGACGGAGAAGGUAGCCAAGUCACGGAAAUUCGCACUGGAUUCGGUUCUUUGGUGAAGAUUAAGCAGUUGACGAAGCACACGGCGCACUUGAGAGACCAAAGUCGCAGCGAGCCGUGGGGUACUUUUGAAUUUGUUUGUUCAUCCCACCAGCAAAUUCUGGUUCAGACUUUGCAGCGGGUGAAGCAUUGCUAUAAGAAAAACAGAACUACCAGUGUUGUGGAACAUCGGGUGCUAGACAAAAUUCGUACUAAUGAUGGACGUACUGUGGUGCGGAUCAAGACGGCGUCGAAAACUUUUCAACAUGUGAAGUUCACUGCAGCUAUGAUUGAAAGUUACAAGCAAAAGAUCAGUUUGGAUCCGAUCCAGUGGCAAUGUCAGGUGGAUGAUCUCACGAAUUUGACACCGGUGGUUCGAACUGCGACAAAAAUGUUGCGGUUCGGAUUUUCAUUUGAGAAGCCCUAUUUGCAAGUGCAUUUGGAGCAGAUUUUUGAAAGAAAAAUUUCGUUGCGUGAAGUGGAGGCAAUGGCAUGGAUGUUGGGAUUUUGGAUCGGCGAUGGUCACAGACGUGGUGCUUUGUUUGCGCUUCAUUCUGGUGAUCACGAUGUUAAUCAGCGGCUAGAAGAGAAUGCAGCUACUUGGGGGAUGUCGCUUAGAAUUGUGCCUCGUGACGGAUUUAAAGCAAACGGUUACUUACACACCCACGACGAAAACGGCAUUCGCCAUUGGAAUCGACACAAUCCUUUUACUCUAACCUUAAAAUCCUUAGACUUUCUGCUUAAGGGAAGAAUCGAUGCUCCAAAAAAUGUCCCAAUUUUUAUGCGGACAGACACCUUUCUUGUGCGCGAGGCCUUUAUGGCAGGCUUGAUCGAUUCUGACGGAUGUACGUCGAUAGCGGACAAUAUUGUCAGAGCAAAAAUUUCCACUGUCUAUGUCCCCAUUAGAGAUGGUAUUUUGUUCAUUGGACAGUCAUUGGGAUUGAAUGUGACCACAACUUUUAGCCCCAUGCAAGAUAGUAGAAGAGGAAUCCAUGAAAACGAUAUUUGGACCUUCAAUUUAUUUCCCGGGCAAAAUGGAGCUACUUUGAUGUCAAUUUUGAAGCGAUGUGCCUGCGAAAGGAAGAGAAAUCCACGGUCAAUUAAUCAAUCGAGAAAAAGGGGACCAGACUCCGACGAACUUGAAAUCGAGGAUGACGAGGACGAAGAAGACCUUCGCAAGCGCGUGACUGCCGAUGACACCGAAGUUGACGUCCUGUCACCUGAGGAGUCCGCUGACAGUGACGACGAACUUCUGGAUGAUCUGGAAGCGGAGCCGCAGCAUGAGGUUAUGGUUCCUAUUAGGAGAAGCAACCGUUUGAAUUUGUCCCUAAUGCCAUUUCAAGUCUCGGAUCAUGGUUCGGGAGAAAUCAUAGAACUAGUAUUGGAUUCUGAAUCCAAUGCAAGCUUGGUGACUGACUCGCAUUUGAUUUUUGGAGGAGAAACCAAACCUCAAGUGCUUACGAUUCCGAACAACACGAGGAAAUGCGCGUCCUGUAACUCGACUGAAACACUACAGUGGUAUAAGAUGUCCUGGAACACAAAGUCUCCUAAGCGUCUAUGCCAGUGCUGUUACAAGGCGUACGAACAUUCGAAGCACAGAUGUUCUAACGACAGGUGCAAUAGAGUUUUUAAACCUUCCGACAUAAAUACAAAGGACAGAAGGGAGCAGAAAAAACGACUUCCAUUUGGGAAAGAGUUUGUAGUGGCUCAUUCUUGUGAAGGAUGCGGUUCUGCUAUUGUUUCAGAUGCGGGCGGAAAAAUUUCGCCGCCGGCGCUUUCCGCGAAUGACGCCCGAAGACGUGAUACCUGUUACUGCUGCGGACCCACGGAAAGUACUUACUGGAGGAAGGCACCAUGGGACAGAAGUAAGCCCUGGUGUUCGCGCUGUAGAGGUCGGUAUGACAACUCGAAGACUUUUUGCACGGGUUGCCACAACAUUCCGGACAUGAAGGAAGUUCGCGAAAUGGAGGCCAACCGAGAGUUUGGGGGUCCAUUGAAAUGCCUCAAGUGCGGAUCAGUAGCGGAAAGAGAGGCCACCGGUGGCAGGCCUUCGAAGAAAAACUCCUGUAUUGAUGGCCUCUGCACAUGCGGUGCCAGACAGUCUUUCAGAUGGAAUGCCCUUCCUUGGGACAAGACCUCAAACGCUUCUUUAUGUGGGGCCUGUUACAAGAAUUAUAACGUGAAUAACACAAGGUGUUUGUCUUGUCAAAGAGUGAUUAAAAAAAGCAAAUGGGACGAGGUCACCUCGAAACCCAAGAAGGAGUAUACUUUGCAAUCGGGCGCUAGAGUGGUUACAUAUUCAUGCCCCUUCUGCCAGGGACCCACUGAGGGAUUCUAG